AUGGGACUUACAGAAAAGCUUCCUAAAAACGAUAAGGAUGUGGAGUCUGUGGACAAAAAACUUAUUAUUUCUGGGGUUAACGUUAUUUUUCCAUGUCCCAUAAAGCCAGUACUUCUAAACUCAAAAGAAAAAGGGCUCGAAGAAAAGGAUGUAGCCAAGGACGAGGAGAGUCCAAGAACACCAACUUGUGUAGAAUCGAAAAUUCCUUGUAAAUCAGUAUGUCCACCAGCACCCAAGAAGCCAAAAACAAGUUCAAAAUUUCAUAAUCGUGCUGCUUCGGAAUUCUUCAAACUCCCGGAGGAAUGGGAAACAAUUUUCAGACGCGAUGUUAAGGAAGAAACCAAGUUAACUUAG